AUGAAUUACGCCAGCAGAGGCGAACAUGAUCCGAAAGCGGAAAGAAAUAAUCAGCAUUUAAAGGCACUGUUUCGGAUUCACUUUCACCGAAUGCCAUUCAAGGCGAUUCCAAAGAAGUUGACUGUGGCACUUAUGGCACGAGUUGCAAAAAUAUCCAACUACUAUCCGGCGAAAGGUGUUUACAUGGGACCCACCGACAAUAUUCAAGAAGGGCACCGUAUCUAUGAUCUGAACACAAAGUGCGAGGCACGACGUGCAAAAAUAAAGGUUCUUCCGAUGACUGACCAAGUCAUCAAGAUUAUCGAAGAAGACGCACGAUUGGAAGGAGUGACGGAAUUGCGCACCUAUUCCAAGCGUAAUGGCGAGCUAAUCCUCAAUGGUGAUUUGCUCAAAGGAGUGGACCCAGAUGAACUGUGGGAUGAAAACUAUGUACCAGUAAACAAAAUUGAAAGACUGAGUAAUGUAACCCUCCGAAAUGAAAAUAUUCCAGAUGACGAACUUGAAGAAUUACUAAUGGAUGCUGAAGCAGACAUCAUGGAAGCGAGGUUCGACAGGGACAGAAACCCAAGAUACCAUAGCGAAGCGAGGUAG